ACGGGGAGCGUGUGAUCUGACACUCUCUGCUCAUGAACUCGUGCAUGGAGCCCCUGGAAGAACACACAGGGCACUGCAGAGUUAACCUGGCAAGGGACGUUUCUCGGUGGGAUCCCGCUGCUUUUCAGGGAGCUUCCUUUGCGAGCUGUGUUUGGAGGAGCUGUAAGAGGGGGAGAUGCUGCUGCUGCUGCUGCUGCUGCUGCACGUUCAGUGCAAAGCCCGUGGCUGUGAUAGGCUGCAGGGACAUGGAUACUCUGCCUAUAUAUGCUGGCAACUGCAUCCUCUCCGCUUUGUAGCUGCCACUGAGGAGCAAAGGAGAGCAGUGAGAAGGGCAGGGGAGAAGCAAAAACCUUACCAACUUGCUGUGUUUUUCCGAGAAUAAGCCCUAAACUCCAUUACCCAUGGAUGCUGCAGAGUUCCGCAAGAGAGGGAAGGAGAUGGUGGACUAUGUGGCGGAUUACCUGGAGAAGAUAGAGAAACGCCAGGUGUUCCCAGAUGUGGAACCAGGAUACCUACGGCCCCUCGUUGCAGACUGUGCACCCCAGGAUCCCGAGAGCUUUGAGGAUGUCUUUAAGGACAUUGAGAAGAUCAUUAUGCCAGGGGUGACUCACUGGCACAGUCCAUACUUUUUUGCGUACUUCCCUUCAGCCUCUUCCUUCCCAGCUCUUCUUGCAGAUAUGUUGUGUGGUGGAAUAGGAUGCGUGGGCUUCUCUUGGGCUGCAAGUCCAGCUUGCACAGAACUGGAGACUGUCAUGCUGGAUUGGCUAGGGAAGAUGGUUAAUUUGCCUAAGGAGUUUUUAGCUGAGAAGGAUGGCCAAGGUGGAGGAGUCAUUCAGGGAAGUGCAAGCGAGGCCACCCUGAUUGCACUGCUUGCUGCAAGGACAAAGAUUAUCAGACAGGUGCAGUCAGAGAAGCCUGAGCUGACAGAAGCAGAGAUCAUGGGCAGGCUGGUGGCUUAUGCUUCUGAUCAGGCUCAUUCCUCUGUGGAAAGAGCUGCAUUAAUUGGUGCCGUGAAGAUUAAAAGUGUUCCUUCAGAUGACACAUUUAGUGUUUGUGGUUCAGCCCUGAAGAAAGUUCUGGAUGAAGACAAAGCUGCUGGUCUUAUACCUUUCUUUUUCUGUGCAACACUUGGAACCACCUCUUGCUGCUCCUUUGACAAACUCUUAGAACUGGGUCCUAUUUGUAAUAAAGAAAAUAUCUGGAUGCAUAUUGAUGCAGCCUAUGCGGGAAGUGCUUUCAUCUGCCCUGAAUUCAGGCAUCUUUUAAAUGGAGUGGAGUUUGCAGAUUCAUUCAACUUUAAUCCUCACAAAUGGCUUCUAGUGAAUUUUGACUGCUCUGCAAUGUGGGUGAAAAAAAGAUCAGAUUUAAUAGGUGCCUUUAAAUUAGAACCUCUUUACCUGCAGCAUCACCAUCAGGAGUCUGGUCUUGUCACAGAUUAUCGGCACUGGCAAAUCCCCCUGGGCAGGAGGUUCCGCUCCCUGAAGCUCUGGUUCGUGCUGAGGAUGUACGGCGUCAAGGGGCUGCAGGAGCACAUCCGCAAGCACAUUAGGCUGUCGCAUCAGUUUGAACACUUAGUCCUUCAGGAUGAAAGGUUUGAGAUCUGUGCCGAGGUUAUUCUGGGACUGGUCUGCUUCCGGCUGAAGGGCUCAAAUGAACUAAAUGAGGCACUUCUAAAAAGCAUAAAUGAUGCCAAGAAGAUCCACCUGGUCCCGUGCCACCUGCGAGAGAAGUUUGUGCUACGUUUUGCUGUUUGUUCCCGCACAGUGGAAUCCACCCACAUCAAGUUUGCCUGGCAGCACAUCUCACAGCUGGCAACUGAUCUUCUGAAAACAUGGGAGCACAACCACCACCAGCAGUAACAGCAGUGAAGUAUAAGUGGAGAUGAGGUAAUUAACUGGCUUUCUCUGUGCUGCCAAGUUUUAUUUUAGGUGCAGGUGGGAAAGUCAAACUAUGAAGCAAGAAAGUACAAAACCUGUUUGUUAUAUAGCCCAGCUGCAGUAGCAAAAUCCUUGCCAGCAAGUUGAGUUGUAACCAUAGCCAUUCCUCCUCUGUACUGUAGUUUCAUCUUGCCUGUUUCCAGGAUGCACAUAGCCAAGGAGAAUUGAGCUGUCAUUUGUUACCAGUUUGUAGUCAAGAGCAUUUGUUCAACCAAGUAAUGGAAAUGGAAGGGUUGGUGCUCCCUCCAUUGUCCCCAAUCACCUCUAGCACACUCCCCCCUUUCUUCAGAGAGGUCUUAUAACCAAUUAAUUUAACAUUACUAUGACUGCAGGAAGAACCCAAGUUGGGGAAGUUUAGUUCAGGUUCUAAAUAUUUUGGUAUCUGAAAAGGCAUGCACAAAUAUUGCCAGGAUUUGGGGCACUACCGUGUCAUGAUACACUUGCUGCAGAAAUUUUGUAAAUGAACAAAGGACAAAGAACCUUCAAGACUUCCUUCACUGCAUAGCCAGACUUAAGAGAAUGAACAUUAACUGAUUACUAAUCAUUCUCUAUUUUCCCCUAAAUGGUUUGCUUUUUAAAACUGCAGUUUUGUCAAAUUCCAGCAAAUAGGUUAUGCUGGCUAUUGGUUUCCAGACUGAUCAUUCAUAAUGAGGUCCCUGAAAAACUCCUCCUAAAGAGUUUUGCCAAAAGCUAUGUGCUACCUGAUAUUCUGUGUUUUUAAUCAAGGUAUUAUCAGCAGUGAUUACUUGAGAAUAGUCUGUAAGAUAUGUUUCUGCAAAACUGAGCUGUGAUUUGUUUUUAUGGCUACCAUUUUGAUUACUUCAUGGUGUAAUAAAUCUUUGACAAAAUGUGCUAAGAAAUGUGAUGUCAAAAAUAUCACUUUUAGUUUCUCAAAUUAGCUAGCAAUUGAGAAAGCAAGUGACAAUAAAAAUAGGAAGUAAGAGAACAAACCCCUCAAAUCAGCUUUGGUGCCCCCAUCAGUGGUUUCCUUAGAUUAAGAGUGAUGAAUGGAAAAUGAAAAUACUGGAAAACCUCUUUCUGAGAAAGUCAAAUCAUAUGUCUUUGACAGAAACCAUUGAUACAUCAUCCUGUCAAAUGCAGGCAUAGUGAAGAGCUGAAAUGAAAGUUAGAGGUGAAAGUCAGAACAAUAUCAAGUCACAAAGUACUUUUGCCAUUUUAAAAACAUAAAUUCCAGACAGUUAUUUCUGUGUAAAUAAGAACAACAUAAGUUGCUGCUCAAAGAAAAAUAAUAUGUAGGAUUCAUUUCUACAUAUGAAAUUGCAUUUCAAUAUUCCUUUUAAUGCUCAUAUUAACUUCUACAGCCUCUUGAGCAAUGUGCACAACUAUUCAGCUUUCCUGCUCCAUCCCUUUCAAGCAUACUUGCUACAGCUGGGAAGUUGCAAGCAGACCAGGGAAAACGGAUCAGGACAGUUAAUUUGGCACAUGGUCUGCUUCUCCCUCUGUCUUUCCUGAUCUCUCACUCCUGGGGUGCAAACUGGGAAGGACUGCUAUUCCCAUAAGGAACUGAUUUCCCAGGUAACAGAUGGAGAAAGGGAUAACCAAUGAAUUUGAUAAAACCCAGUAACACUUGAGCAGGUGACUGACACAAGACACUACUGUCAGCUACAGUGUCAGAAAUUUUUAUAGCAUCAUUCUCUUCAGCAGAACCAGCAUGAAAUUCAGCUUUUCUGUGGUAGCACAAUGCAGUGGAGUGGUAGACUGCUAUAAUUUUUUUUUUAAACAACCUUAAUCAGAUCUCAUGACCUGGAAAACAAUGUUCAUCCCUAACAUGUAUCUUCCACACCGAUACAAUUUUACAUCUUUUACAUUAUGAAAACUCUAGAAUCUUGAAGCCAAAGAAUUACAUGUUCUCUGCGAGACAGACCAGGAUUUUGUAUGUGAAAUACAUAACCAGGACUGUCCAGGAAAAAAAAAAAAAAAAAAAAAAAAAGAGAGAUCAGAUUUGGAUCACAGAGUAAAUCCAGGAUAAUUCCACUGAAAUGAAAUGGAGUUGCUCUGGGCUUAGGUGACUAUAAUUGAAAUGAAAAAUCUGACUAAUAAGUAUUGGAAAAGAAAGGCCUAACGCAAGGCACCCCUAAACUGAACAUAAGAAGAUUCUGCUGGAAAUCUGCUCCAUGGAAACCAGAGCAGAGAUGAAUGAUGCCUGUGUGAGCCUCAAACUGCUGGAAAACUGGGAUGCAAGCAGGAUGCACACCCAAACCUAGGAGAGGUGAAAUGUCCCGAACAGCCCAGAAUGAGACACACAUCCCUUUAGACAUUUAUGGGAAAAUACUGCCAAAACUGACAUUCCAUUAAACAUUUUUCACUAUCUAGAUAUCAGUUUUAGAAGUGGCUGUUUUCCAGAUACAGAAACUCCUGUUGGCAAAGAAUUAAAGAUAAAGGCUAAUUUAAAAUAAAGAUGGAGUAAAAGUUAAUUUUUGUCUGUUUUUUUUGUUUUGUUUUGUUUUGUUUUGUUUUGUUUUGUUUUGUUUUGUUUUAAAGUGACAUUAGUAAAUCUGUCUGAUAAACAGCAGUGAUGAGACCCAUGGAAUUACAUUUCCCCCUCUCUAGCCCAGUACCGAAACCUGAAGUUCAAGUUCUGGUUUUCCUGAAAUUCUAGAAUGAUCCAAAUAUGUAACCAGUGAAGACCUUCAUGGUAUUCAGUCUCUCAUACCUUCUUCUCUCCAUGUGAUAAUUCCUUCCUAGACUAUUAACAUUAGGUCAUCUGAAAAGGAAAUAUGGGCUGUGUAAUCAACUAGAGAAAGAACAUUUUAAAAAAGAUCAUAACUGCUGUUUCUGUUCUGUAGCUUUGCAAGUGUCUGUACGUGAGAAACUCUGUAUUUAUGAAUAGUUAAUGUUAAUCUGGGUUUAUUGUGCCUUGUGUGCAAAAGCUAAUAUAUCCUGUGCCUGUGAUGAAUACUGUUUGAUAUUAAAAGUUAAUUAGAAAAUCCCAGAACUGUACUUUGGUAGAAUAUCCACAUCUCCAGGAAGACUGCAGCUAUUAGAGAAGGAGGGAAAACCCUGAUUUUUACUUUCAGGAACCUCAAUUUAUUUUUUUUAAACUAGCAAAGUACAGUCUUUACAUUCUUAAUGACAGAUUAUAUUUUAUUACUGAUGGUGAAAUAAUGAAAAUGUAUGUAUUUAUGAAAGUAUUGGUAAUAUAUUAUACUCUGAACUGCAUUAUAAUUAUUAAAUUUUUAAUUUUUUCUUGCAUUUACAUACAAGAUUCUGCUCAUGGCUGUUUUGUUGUUGAAGUACUACUCAUCACCAUUUGUGAUGAGUAGUAAUCACAUUGAAGUUGCCUUACAACAGCAGUCUUAACCUUGAGAUGUAAAAAUUUGAAUUGCUCAAAGACAGAAGCAAAUGAGAAAUAAAACUGAUCCUGAAGAUCGGGGUGGUUGGUGAGGGCAGGUUAAAUAACCAUCAAUGGAUAAUAUCUGUAGAGCAUAUGUAGAGUUUGUAUGUUCUAAGUGGAAAAUAAUCAGAAGUCUAAUGCUCUAAUUAUGAUUUGUGAGCUGUUGACUCCCUUUACAAUCUGUACCCAAAACCUCCUGAACACACAUAUAGGUUUUAAUUGGCAAUAUAAAUAAACCAAAACAAAACUACA